CAACCCAUGAAAGCAGCUUGCAGCUUCUUGCCAAGAAAGAAGGAAAAUCCAUCAUUGUGGUUCUAGAGCAAGUAAAGGGUGCGUGCGUAAAUUGGAAUUAGGGAAAAGUAGCUUGGAAAAAGGGUACCUACUCUAAAUUUUACAUCCCCGACGUGUGCAAUCAGUCAAACGUUGCAAAAUUAAACGAAAGCCGUCGGGUUCGGUGAGUUUUCUCACGCGGACAAAAUCCAAACUGCGGAAAGUCUUCUCAGGAAUGAGCGACGGAAAAGUUAAAAAAGACGCGACAAACAAAGAAAUUAUCAACAUGAGUGACGCUGCCGGAUAUCUAGACCGUUUUGUCGGUGAUGUGAGCAAAAAAUCGGCCACCAAACAGAUACUAAUCGGUGCAGGCAGUGGAUGGGCAACCGGUUACAUCACGAUGAAAGUUGGCAAAAUGGCUGCGAUCGCAGUUGGUGGUGGUAUCAUUUUACUGCAGCUGGCCAAUCACCAGGGCAUUAUUGCUAUCGACUGGAACAAGGUGCAGAAGAAGGUGGACAAAGUCACAGACAAGGUGGAGGAAGCCGUCACCGGACAGGGACCAAGUUGGGCGGAUAAGGCGGAACGCUUUGUCGAUCGUAAACUAAACCAAGCGGAGGAUGUGCUGAACAAACGCACGAAAAAGGCCAAAAAGUGGUACACCAAUCUGAUCGGAGAUGAAACCGGCUGCAAGGUGAAUGAUCUACACAUUUUCCUGUGUGCCUUUGCGGCGGGCGUUGCCAUCGGUGUCGGCACUGCCUAAAGCUGCGCUCCAGAACGAUCCCCGCUCCAUGCACACACAAAAUUGCGCGACAUAUGCACCAAAACCCUAGAUGAAAAUAGGCACACUUGCGUACGGGGAACUGAUCAUUCUCAUAACCAUUCGAAGUCUGUACACCUCAGGGUAAUUUUCUACUGAAAAACAUCUGAAAAUUCCCGUGUAAGGUGAAAUAAUUGCUCGGAGAAUUUGCGUCACCGGUUAUUUAUAAAAAAAAGCAAGAUGGCCGGUCAAGAUAAUGUUAAAAAAAAACACCGAUAAAUCGAACAAAAGAUCCCGAUGGAAUUGUGAUGGUAAAUAUCUCACCGAAUCUCGAUCAUACACGUUCCAUCUUUUGUUGUUUUUUUUUCUAAUUUCCCUCUGCAUGUCUGCGGUUGUGUGUUACCGUGAUUUGAUGUUUUGUGAUUAUACACAUUAAGUGAGAUUUCUAUUCUACGCGCCAUUUUCCAUACGAAUAUUUAAAACUGUUUGUGUUAUAGAAUUUAAGUACUCGCAACAGCUCGAAACGCCUUGACCCUCACACUGUACUUAAACGCAGCCGAUGUAAAUCUAAUUUGAUGUGUGGAAAUAGAAAUAACCGUCGCGAAAUGGGGAUUAAAUGGCGCACAACACACACACACUCAAUGAAUCAAUAUCGUAUUACGCUAGAGCCAGGUAGCACUUGUUUUCCGGCAAAAUCAACAUUAGAUCUGGCUAAUGGAAAAACACACAAUUGCCACGAUCAAACAAUCAAUUGUUCAAUCAAGCUUUCAGUUGCGUUGUGAGUGAUUCGUUACAAGAAAAAGCAAAAGAAACCCAAUACCAAACAGCAUAUUAGUCAAGGGACGUUCUUUCCACUACAACCGUCAUUUACAAUCAUUUACUAUCUUUAGUUAACUUUCCACCAACGGCGGUAAAAUAUUUAUGCUUUUAUUUCAUGAGUUUUCUUACCACAUACACCAUUAGAAAAAGAAGCCACACAAUAAAUGAAAAUAAAAUUUCAAAUGAUAAAAUAUA